AGGCUUCGGUCACUUCGGUGUGUCUCUUGAAGUUGAAGUACGAAAAGUGUGAAGUUAUUACGCUGUUUGAAGUUUUAGUUGACCACUCCAGCAGCAAAAUGGAUAAAUUAAUACCAUGUGAAGUGAAUGUGACUGGGACUAUUAAACCAGAUGCUGAUAUAGAUGGCUGCAUCUUGGUAACUGAGAGUAUUGAUGUCAUACCUAAUGCCCUACAGGAGAUGAAGGAUGCCAUUGCCAAGCAGAAGACGUUUGAUGCUGCGGUAGGGAAGGAGGUGACAUUCAUAGCUGUGCCCAGUGCAUCAUCAGGAUACAGUAAAGUAGUCUUCUCACCCACCGGUCCUACAAAUAGGGAUUAUGAUGAUCAUAGGAACUUUGCCGAUGCUGCAGGAGCAGGAAUUAAAAGAGCGAUAGUGGCUGGAAUGAAAAAGCCUCUUCUGAUUGUAUGUCCAAGCCCAGACUAUCCUAAUGCUAUGCUUGCAGCAGCACUGGGGGCUCUCCAUGCUGCAUAUGUGCCUUAUGAAAUUCGUGAAGAUGUUCCAUCAAGGAGGAACAAGCUGUCUUCGUUGACCAUCUACUCCGAUGGUGCAUUGAGUGACCUCGCCUUAUAUAUCAAAGGAAUUGAAAGUGGAAGGCUUGUUGCUAGGGAUAUUGGAGGAUCAGAUCCUGAGAGGAUGGCGGCCCCUAAGGUUGCUGCGUACAUGGAAGAGCUCUUCGCUGGAUCAUCAUCUAUCAAGCUUGAAGUUAUUUCGGGCGAUGAGAAGAAGUAUCCACUCUUUGCUGCUGUUGACCGAUGUGCUAAUCUGGUUGAACGUCACCGAGGGCGUAUCAUCAAACUGGAGUAUGUGGGCAGCGGGGAGAUCACAAAGACUCUUAUGCUGGUGGGCAAGGGAGUGACCUACGACACCGGUGGAGCAGAUAUUAAAGCGGGCGGAGUCAUGGCAGGAAUGCAUCGGGAUAAAUGUGGUGCAGCGGCAGUGGCAGGAUUCUUCCGUGCUUUGGAAAUCAUCAAGCCAGCGGGGUUAAAGGUCGUCGGAACGAUGGCUAUGGUUCGGAACAGUGUUGGCGUAGAGAGCUAUGUUUCGGAUGAGAUCAUUACUUCAAGAGCAGGAGUGAGGAUCCGCAUUGGCAACACCGACGCCGAAGGCAGGAUGGCGAUGGGUGACUGCCUGUGUGAAAUGAAGGAAAGGGCAUUGAAGGAGAUCAACCCUCAUCUGAUGACUAUAGCUACUCUGACCGGACAUGCUGUCAGAGCUAUGGGACCAAACUACUCGAUCAUUAUGGACAAUGGACCUGCAAGAAAGGUUGAUCAUGCAAGACAGAUGCAGAGGGCUGGUGAUCUGAUUGCAGACCCUUUUGAAAUAUCCACCAUUAGGAGAGAGGACUAUGCAUUCCACAAGGGCAAGUCUGAGUACGAGGAUGUUCUUCAGUCCAACAGCCAACCAUCUUCCAUGACAGCGAGAGGUCAUCAGAGCCCAGCAGCUUUCCUCAUGAUGGCAUCAGGACUUGAUAAACAUGGCAAAGAUUCCUCUGCUCCACUACCCUACUCUCACAUCGACAUUGCUGGAUCUUCAGGACCUUUCCCUGGUGUACCAACGGGGGCGCCCAUUGCAGCCAUAACCGCACUGUACAUGAUGGGCUUCUAAUCUUGAUUGCCCCGUCCGUUACAUUCAAUUCACUCGUCCAGAAACAAACAAAAAAAUCACAUGUAUAUUACUUUAUUUGAAGUCCUAGGUAAGUCUUGUUGGAUUCAUGACACAAUAGAUGCCUACAGUAUGUCACCACACAAUGGAUGGCAAAGAGAAGAAUGUUGUGAAAUUUAUGUUGUUGAAUUGUAAACCAAAAGCUUCACAUUUAUCUUAAAAAGACAUUUAUUCAACCCUCUGCCAAUGAACUGAGUGUCUGAUAUUGAAUUGUUUGUAAAUAUACUUUUCUGCUUCCAAGCUAUUUUACAUUUAAUGUAUACUUUUCGUACAUCUUUAACACAUAAGGACAUGCAAAGUGCCAUGUGCAAUGUGCUAUAAAAGAUCCAAGUAGUAGUAUUCCUAUUCUCACCACAGGUUAAACAUUCAUGAACACACCAGUAGCAAUUAUAUUUUCCUACCAAGAACAUUUUUAUGUGUAUGGAGCCAGGAGAAAAGUACUGCCAAUUUAUUAUAAAUUGUACUCUAUUUUAUCUAACAUGUUGCUGUAAUUCACUUUAAAUGUGUUACUAUUUGUUUUGCCAAGAUCAUGGUCCAUGUCAAUAUGGAAGAAUUGGUAGUGAAAUCAAACAAUCAAAGACUAUUCCUAAAGGAACAGAUGAUUUUUCACCAGUGUUAUGUGUUCAGUCAAACCUGUAUAUAGGAAAUUAGCAUAAACAACCGAACACACUGAAGUUUUUCAAAAAUGCCCUCAUCAGAGUAAAAUUACAUCAAAUCAACAGAAUGAAACCACAAACCACGCUAUUUUUAUGUUUUAUAACUUAUGUGAGUAAAUCUUUGAACCAUUUGAGUAUGGAAAGUAUUAAUGCAAUAGUAUGACUCAUUGCAAAUUUUGAACAAGAUGUUCUUGACAUGAUUUCUUUAUCAAGAAAUUAGUCCACAUUAAGCUGCACUCAACCCAGGUCAGGUUGGUCCUAAAUGGAUGUCAGGCAGGAUCAAUUCCUUGAACGUACCAAGUGCCAGGGUCAGUGUGUCUUUGAAUAGGUAUCGAGAUAAAUUACGCUUUAUAAACACAAUAUUGCAUUUUGACUUGCUAUUGACUAUAAUAUAAACAGUUGAUUUUUUUUUUUAAGUAGUAGCUGUUAGCUUUUCUCCACAUUCCUGUUUUAUACAUGCACUUUUCUUCCAAAGGAUAUAUUUUUAUGUGAGUAGUUUAACUGAACUGCCAGUCAUUUCCAAUGUGGAGGAAAUGUUUAGAAUUUUGACCUUUCAUGUGCCCUUAUAUCGGCAUGAUUUCUAUCAUUUUCUUAAUUAUCAUAACUUACUUGUGGAAAAAUGCAUGAUCUUCCUAUUUUGUAACAAAAGUAUCCUUAUUUUUCAUGCUAAAAAGGUUUGGUAGUCUUCUUUCAGAAUCAAGAUCAAAAGGUAUGUGUUGAAAGCCAAUUAUUUACCUUUUACAGGAAUUUGUUUUUCUUUGUUUAUGAAAUAAAAAGAAAGUUUGAGCGUGAUUAUAUUAUACUCAGGAUAAAUCAAUGCUUGAAAAUUGUGAAUUGAAUUAUGAUUGAAUUUGAUAUAGAAAAAAAAUGUGAGUGAUUGGGAAUGGCCUUGUGUUUAUUCCCAUUAGGGCUGAAGGAAUAUAAUGGGAGCGAACUGUAACACUUAAAGUGUCAUAUAUGUAACAUUUAAAGUGUCAUUUAUGUAACACUGAAAGUGUCAUUUAUGUAACACUGAAAGUGUCAUUUAUGUUACACUUAAAGUGUCAUUUAUGUAACACUUAAAGUGUCAUUUAUGUAACACUGAAAGUGUCAUUUAUGUAACACUUUAAGUGUCAUUUAUGUAACACUGAAAGUGUUAUUUAUGUGUUUGUUUAAAGUGAUAUCAAAUGGUAAUUCCAGAUGACAUGGAUCUAAUCCAUUAUGUACCAGAAUACAGGAAAAUAUAUAUAUAUUGUUUGUAAUC